GCCAGCACUUGACAGAUGUCGGAUAAGUUUGCCCAGAUGCUGCAUACUCAGCAAAAUCUGCGUAAGCUCUGUAGCAGAGUGAGAAGCAACAUGGCGUCAACAAGCCGCGGAGAUGUCCAGCAGCUUCCAAGAGUUCAGUGUCCCAACCACCCCGAUGCCAUACUGGUGGAGGACUACAGAGCAGGGGACAUGAUUUGCCCUGAAUGCGGCCUUGUAGUAGGUGACCGUGUUAUCGACGUCGGCUCAGAAUGGAGAACGUUCUCCAACGAGAAAGCCCUCAAAGAUCCAUCCAGAGUGGGAGACGCCCAGAACCCGCUGCUCAACGGGGGCGACCUCACCACCAUGAUCAGCAAGGGAACCGGCGCCGCUAGUUUUGAUGAAUUUGGUAACUCAAAGUACCAGAACCGUCGGACCAUGAGCAGCUCUGACCGGGCCAUGCUCAACGCGUUCAAAGAAAUCAGCACCAUGGCAGACCGCAUCAACCUGCCGAGGAACAUCAUCGACCGAACAAACAACUUAUUCAAGCAGGUUUAUGAACAGAAGAGCCUGAAGGGCCGAGCCAAUGAUGCCAUCGCCUCGGCCUGCCUCUACAUCGCCUGCCGACAAGAAGGCGUGCCCAGAACAUUUAAAGAGAUCUGCGCCGUCUCUCGGAUCUCCAAGAAGGAGAUCGGCAGGUGCUUCAAGCUGAUCUUGAAGGCGCUGGAGACCAGCGUGGACCUCAUCACCACCGGGGACUUCAUGUCCCGGUUCUGCUCCAACCUGGGCUUGCCCAAGCCGGUCCAGAUGGCGGCCACCCACAUCGCCAGGACAGCCGUGGAUCUCGACCUGGUGCCCGGCCGGAGCCCCAUCUCCGUGGCGGCAGCCGCCAUCUACAUGGCCUCCCAGGCCUCCGCAGAGAAGAAGACCCAAAAGGAAAUCGGGGACAUCGCCGGUGUUGCCGAUGUUACGAUCAGACAGUCAUACCGACUCAUCUACCCACGCGCUGUUGAACUCUUCCCUACAGACUUCAAAUUCGACACACCUGUCGACAAGCUGCCCCAGCUGUGAGGACGCCGCCCCGUAAACAGUGAUGAUAUUUUCCUGCUGUGCUUGCAGGAUUGUAUGCUUUCUUUAAAAUUCAUGUUUGUUGGAUUUGGAUGAUUUCCCUUCUAAGACUUCUUGCCUUGUCGAGGCGUCCUCGCAGGAAUAAAACAGACACAUUCCAGUGCUUAAUAAACAGCUUGCAGACUGUA